GGGAACUCCAACUCGUGCCUCGCGGCCCGGCAGCGGAUGUGCGGCACGUCCGCGCCGCGCGGUCGCGGCGGCGGCGGCCAGUGGCCCGGGCUCGGUCGACGUCGAGCGGGCCGCGCCCGUCGGGCAGCCGCGCCCGCGCGAGGUCGAGGCUCGUGCCUCGCGGCGCGAGGCCACGUGGCGGAUCUUUCCAGCGCCAGCCCUGUUGGCAUCCGCUUGGCAUCGCUCGCACGUGAAGCCCCCCUCCUUAUUUCCCUCACUUCUCCGGCGCUUGCCCCCUUGCAAAUGCUCCAAUGUCCUCGGCGGCGUGCCCGCGCUUGCUCCGCCGGCGUCAAGAAAGGCGGGGCGGCUCGCGCGCGCGGGCGCCGCGCGGGACUCGGCCGGCCAGGAGCGGCCGCGGCAGGGGCAGGCCGACGAAUGUACGAGAUGGUGUUUUUGAGCGGUGAGCCC